UCUAAGGAUCUCUGGGGGACGGGAGGCAGGUGUGCGGUGAGUUGGGGGAUUAGAAGCUCCCAGGGCUCUUCCAUCAGCUGCUGCGACCCCAGAUCCACUGUGACUUUCCUUCCCAGGGAAGACCCUUCGCACAGUGGAGCCGCUGGACAGCCGGGUGCCUCUGACUGCGGUGGCUGUCAUGCCCGCCCCCCACACCAGCAUCACCAUGGCCAGCUCUGACUCUACCCUGCGCUUUGUGGACUGCAGGAAGCCUGGUCUGCAGCACGAGUUCCGACUGGGCGGUGGGCUGAACCCUGGGCUUGUCCGUGCCCUGGCCGUCAGCCCCAGUGGCCGUAGCGUCGUGGCUGGCUUCUCCUCGGGCUUCAUGGUGCUCCUGGACACCCGCACGGGCCUGGUUCUGCGAGGCUGGCCAGCCCACGAGGGGGAUAUCCUGCAGAUCAAGGUGACGGGCCAGGUCCCCCUCCCCUUGCUGCCCGGCCCCCGCCCCUGUCCAGUCAUCACCCCUGCUUAGGGCCUGCCUGCCCAGGGACAGGCUCGAGCUGGUCUGUCUUAUAUACCUGGUCCAGGACUGAUGGGCAGGGAGGGUGGCUCUCCUGGGCCAACUUGGGAGCCAGUCGCACUGCAGGGGCCUCAGCAGGAGGCAGGCCAUGGGGGCGGGAGCCGUGGGGCAGGGCUGACCCUGUUGCUCAUGGAGAUGUUCUAAUGAGUAACCCUUGUCCAUAUUUGUCUUGCUUGGAGGAUCAGGGGUCAGGUCCUGUCCGUGACCCAGUUCAGGUUAAAUAAAGCUCAGCUGGGAAGCUGUUUACUGCCCGCAGACCACUGAGCAGAGUCCAUGGCCCUGCUGGGCUGCCCUGGCAGGGGCAGAAGCAGGCCUGGGCUUGGGGAUCCUGUCCCCCUCUCCUUCCCCUGCCCUCCCUCCAUUCUCAGUCACAGGCCUCGGGGAGCUGCUCAGGGAGGCCCAGGAGGGGAGGAACAGGGCUACGUGUGGGAGGAUUUCUGCAGGCAGCUGGGACUUUCCUCCCCAUCUUGGCUGGAGGCCAGGAGUCCUGCAUUGCCCUGCUGAGAGCAGGCCGUCACUGGCUCCCUCCAGAGCCCCAGGGAACCCUGAGCUCGAGGUACCCCUAAAUUAUAACUUUCCAAGAGAGUGUCAGGAGGGCUCUGGGGUCAGCCUGAGUGUGAAUCCCGGCUCUGCUGCUUACUGGCCCCAUGACCUUGGUAUGGCUACUUCACUUCUCUGAGCCUCGCUUGAAAUGGGGACAAUGGCAGCAUCCACCGCAUAGGGUUGUCAUGAAGGUCAAGGUUGUCACGUGCACGCCUGGCACCAUGCCUAUGGGUAGUUCUCAACUUAGAGUGAUGACUGGGUUACGGAUGCUGAGUGUAUUAAAAUAGGCCAGGCGCAGUGGCUCAAGCCUGUAAUCUCAGCACUUUGGGAGGCCGAGACGGGUGGAUCACGAGGUCAGGAGAUCGAGACCAUCCUGGCGAACACAGUGA